AUGGUUGAUGAACAGGCCCAAUUGUUUUCCUUGCAGACUUCCAUGAAUGAACUGACGGAAUCAGACGCCCGAGAGAUGUUGGAAGCGUUUAAGUUGUUUGACAGGGACGGUGAUAGCCGGAUUAGUAAGACGGAGUUAGGAUCUGUCCUGAGAGCCCUGGGGCAGAACCCCACGGAGGCCAGCGUGAGGGAGAUCCUCAAAGAGACAGACGCCAACAAAAACGGCUUUUUAGAGUUUGAUGAAUACAAGAAUCUCGUGAAAUCUCACGUAAUCUCACAGGAAGAGAUCCAGAAGAAGCUGUUGAAUGCGUUCAAGGUUUUUGAUAAAGACAAUAACGGCGCUUUAAGUGUGCGUGAACUGACGAGAAUUCUCACGAUGACAGGCGAGAAAAUGACACGAGAGGAAGUCAGAGAAGUCUUUCGAGAUCUGGACGUGAAUUGCGAUGGCAAACUUGUCUAUUCCGGUAAGUUUAAAUAUAAUUUAGCAGAGUAUCAUUUAGUUUUUAUAUGAUGUAUUUCUUUAUUUUUACCGGAGCUAGAAUUCCUAUUUCAGAC